AUGGAAUACCUGUCAAGGGUUCUUGGUAAGAUGAGUGAACUUCCUGACUUCAGAUACCACCCCAUGUGCAAGGAGACAAAGUUAACUCACUUAGUAUUUGCAGAUGAUUUGAUGAUUUUCUGCAAAGAAAAUCUGAAAUCCAUAGCUAGAGUAAUGGAGGCAUUACAGCAUUUCAGUGAUGCCACAGGUUUGGAAGCAAACAUAGACAAAUCUAGCAUGUUUGUAGCAGGGGUUGAUGAGGAGACAAGGCAUGAUAUGUUGAAGAUUACUGAAUUCACACUAUGGACCUUUCCUAUAAGGUACUUAGGCCUUCCUUUUACAUCAAAGAAGUGGAAUAAGAUGGAUUACAAGCAACAAAGUGCUAUGUUUAUUCUGCCUCAAAGUGUGGUAAAGCUUGUGGACAAGAAAUGCAGGGACUUCUUGUGGGGAGCCACUGAAGACAAAAGGAAGGUUAACCUAGUAGCUUGGGAUAAGGUCUGUAUUCCUAAACAGAAUGGAGGGUUAAACAUCAAAAGCUGCUGUAAAUGGAACAUUGCUGCAGUAG